AUGUUUAGAGUUUUAAAUAAAAUUUUGAAUUCCACUAACGCGAUACGGUAUGCCCAAAAAAGAUAUCAGUCGGGAUCGGGAAAUGUUGAUGUUUUUAUCAACGGCAAGCCUGUCUCCGUGCCCAGCUAUUUUACCAUCAUGCAAGCCGUACGGCACGAGAAAGUAUUGAUACCCUCCUUUUGCUACCACGAAAGACUGUCUAUCAGCGGGAACUGCAGAAUGUGUCUCGUCGAAGUCGAGGGCAUGUGGAAACCACAAAUUGCAUGCGGUGUGCCAAUAGCCAAAGGCAUGAAAAUAUGGACCAAUUCAGAAAUGUGCAUGAAGGCACAGGAGUCUGUUUUAGAAUUUCUUUUGAUUAACCACCCUUUAGACUGUCCUAUAUGUGAUCAAGGAGGGGAAUGUGACCUUCAGGACUUAACUAUGAAAUUUGGAAAUGAUCGGUCGAGAUUCACUGAUGUGCAUUUUGAAGGAAAAAGAGCUGUGGAAGAUAAAAAUUUAGGUCCGUUGAUACGAGCUGAAAUGACUCGCUGUAUACAUUGUACUAGGUGCAUAAGAUUUGGUUCCCAAGUUUGUGGCUUGGACAUAUUGGGCACUUCUGGCCGUGGUGUUGAUAUGCUCGUUGGUACUUACGUAGACAAAAUGUUCCUUUCGGAACUUUCAGGGAACAUCAUCGAUCUGUGUCCAGUUGGGUCUUUAACAGCUAUACCGUACAUGUUUAAAGCUCGUCCUUGGGAAGUAACUAGGACUAAUUCUAUUGAUGUUACUGAUGCGACAGGAACAAAUAUUGUAUUGAAUACUCGUUAUAACAGAUUACUACGGGUUUUGCCACGAGAACACGAUGAAAUUAAUCAAGAAUGGCUUUCCGAUAAAGGUAGAUGGGCUAUAGAUUCGCUUGAAAUUCAAAGAUUAGUUAGCCCAAUGGUAAAAUACAAAGGUUGUCUAUGUGGAACAGAUUGGCAUAAUGCACUAAAAGCAGCCGCAUGUUUGAUUUGUUCAGUUUGUCCACAUGAAAUAAUGGCGGUGGUUGGGCCUCACACCAAUGUGGAAACCGCGGUAGUCGCUAAAGAUUAUCUGAACAUGUUAUGUUCUGAGCAUACUUACACAGAACGCGGUAUGUACUAUGGAUUAUCUGGACCAGAUAUCAGAGCUGGCUAUUCACUAAACAUAAAUAUGAGAGAUAUCGCAUUAGCAGAUAAAAUAUUGCUGAUUGGUACUAACCCACGGUUUGAAGCUCCCGUUCUUAAUGCUAGAAUUCGCCAAGCGUAUAUGUUCAAUGAAUGUGACAUUUACGUUAUUGGGCCAAAGUGUGAAUAUAAUUACUAUGUUAAUUAUUUGGGAGACGAUAUUGGUGCAAUAUCAAAGGCGGCAACAAUAAUUCAAAGCGCUAAGCGACCACUAGUAUUUGUAGGUAUUUCUCAACUUGAAACCGAACAUGCCUCAAAAAUUAUGGGUGACUUAUAUAAAAUAGCGAAAAAACCGGCUGAUCUUAAAGACGUUGACUGGAAUGUAGUUAAUUUUUUGACAAGAGAGGCAAGUUUUGCGGGUGCUCUUGAGGCUGGUUGGAAACCGGGUGCUUUGGGAGCAAUUGCAGCGUGUCCACCGAAAGUAUUGAUAUCCUUGGGAGCAGAUGAAAUAUUCUACAAAUGGACCCCACCUCAAGACUGUUCUGUAAUCUAUAUAGGGUUUCAGGGAGACCGUGGCGCUCAGAAUGCGUCUAUUGUUCUUCCUGGUAGUGCCUACUCUGAGGCAGGCGGAGUGUAUUUGAACAUGGAAGGAAGAUCUCAGUUUGCUUACCCCGCCGUCACUCCACCUGGAGACGCACGCGUUGAUUGGAAGAUAAUUCGUGCUCUCGCAGAAUAUACAGGCCUCUGCAUUAAUUACGACGAUCAUUUUUCUUUGUGUCAAAGAUUGGCGCAAAUAAGUCCAAAUUUUGUAGAAAUUGGUCCAUAUCAGAAAAAAAUAUUUACAUCUCUACCAGCACAACUCGUAUACGAUAAAAAAGGUCAAGGUGGCAAGUUGGAUGUCGAUAUGAAAACUUUAAGUGAUUAUUAUUGUUCAGACGUUUUUACCUAUAAUUCUCCAACAAUGAUAAAAGCGCAAAAGGCCGCUAUUGACUUUGUUAAAUCGGCUUAUGCUGCCAUGUAA